GCGGCCAAACUUGCAACAAACUUUAAAACUAUUAGCCAGCCAGAGCAGGACAGAGUGCUUUGUAUCUUUGACACCCAGCGAUAGUAGCGAAGAGAGGAGACAAGAGACAGACAAAAUCAGAAGAAGAAGAAGAAGAAGAGAAAAGUGCUGUUGUGGCACAGAUAGCAUCGGAAGAUCGACUGAACGAGCAAUCCAUCACCAUGUCCGAUUCUAGUGGCAAGAAGAGAAAGGCGACCAGCCAGGUGGUGAUCGUUCUCAGUAGUGGUGAUGAAGAAGAGGAUACUCUGGUGACACCCAAGACACGCCCACCUACGCGGGCUGCUGCUCGUGCUGUGACGGCCAGUCGCCAAAGCAAGAAGAAGAAGAAACCGAAAAGUGGAUUUAUGCUCUUUUGUCGUGACCAUCGUCCCAAAGUCAAGGAAGAAAAUCCAUCCAUUUCGUUUGGAGGGAUGGGAAAGAAACUGGGAGAAAUGUGGAGGUCCCUCAGCACCCAAGGGAGAGCCAAGUACAUGAGUGGGAAUAACAGUGGCACCAAUGACAAUGACAGCGACAGUAUGGAACGCCCUGCCAAAAAGGCCAAAACAACUCCAAAUAAUAAUAAUACCAAUGAUCAUGAGCCCUCAUGGCCAUGCUCCAAAUGCACUUUUCGGAACCACCAGUCCGCCGACCAAUGUGUCAUGUGCGAUGCCGACAAUGACGGAGGAGGCAAGAUGGGAGCCGUUGUCAAAAAGGAAGCAGCGGGCGUGAGUGUCAUUGCGGAUCUCACUCUGGACGACGACAACCCUGUCAUUGUCAAGGCGGAAGCAGCCACUGCUGCCCGCCGCCGCAACAAAAACAACCAACGGCUUUUGGAAUUGAUGGAGGAGGAAAGCGACAAUGACGAAUUAGCAAAAGAAAAGGAAUCAAAGGAGGAAGAUGCCGACGAUGCGGUGGAGUUUGUCACGACAGUCAAUGAACAGAAAUUCUCUCACAUGCGAUGCCACUGCACCGAGUGCCCCUUUGACUACAACAGCGAUCUGAGCGUCAACAAAAAGUCGUGCAGUCUCUGCUACUGCUAUGUCUGCGAUGUCCCCGUGUCUUUGUGCGCCUCCUGGGAGUCUUCGUCAAACAAUAAGCUCUUGAAUCACUGCAACGCCCACGACAACAAACAUCAGGGGACUCUGGCGGGCUACUGGAAGGAUCAACGACAUGCCAAAGCAGCCAACGUCCAUCAGGAGCCGCGACAAGCCACUGCGGUUGUUACCGCCUACAAUAAUGGGAGCCUCAAAUCCGGGAACGGCCCCUUUGCUCCCGAUGAUGCUGUGGCCAAGAAGGAUCCCAACCUGACAGCAUGUCGUCGUUGUGGCUGGUUCAAUCGAUUCUUUCAUCGCAAUUUUCGGGUCUACAAGAAUCUGCAUCCUAUCGGAUUCCUGGACUGGUGCCAAUGCUGUGGACGGGUGGCCAGCGAGCAGGACUUUGGAAAGCUCCAAACCAAGCCUGUGGUUCCACAAGCUGGCGAUAUCUUUCUCGGUACCAAGAACAUUCCGUUCACCAUUGUGGCUCGCGAUCCACGAGAAAUCGAAAAGUACGAACAGAACUGGUUGGAUGCUGCGGACGGCACCGCCAAUCCAGAAUGGCAAUACGACGAAGAUGAAAUGCGGGAAGAUUUCUUUCGUCAUCGAUUUGGGAAGCGGCCAACAUUGAACAUGAUUCUUGCCAGUGUCGCCAUUGUCAAGGAGGAGGACAUGCCGACGACGGGCACCUUCACCACGAAUCAUAAGAAAGAGGAUUGCAUGGCACGCCACUACGACGACUUUGCAUACAAAAAUGGCUGUGUGCGAGAUCCGUUCAACUACUGGGCGUAUGAGGAUUACAGGUGGGGGGCUGGUCCGAAAGAGUGUUCGGUGGACGAGACGGAAGGCAUUCAUCUCAAGAACGAAUAUGAUCUGAUUCUACUGCAGCAGCUCCAACACUUUGAGGCUGGAGGAUUCUGUGCACGCAAGCCACCUACACCGACCACAGAAGGGACGAAAUCUAUCUUGACAUUUGACAUCACCGCAACCUUGGACAAAACGGAAAAGACAGGGACAUUCACCGUCAAGGUGUAUGUUCGCCCGCGGUCCAAGGGCCGGCUCAAGUUGACUGGUGCAGCGUCGUUCAACAAAUUGCUUGGAUCAUGGUUCAAUAUCUUCCCGUUUGCUCUUUCGGAUCUCAGCGGCUCACUCAUCGCAGAAAAACCAGACUCGGAUGAUGGGUAUCCGGUCUACUCGCUUUCCAGUCGAACAGUCGAUGUGCCUCCGUUCACGUUGAGCAGCUCGGAAUGGAAAACGGCCCUGAAAAAGAUGAAGUCAGAGAUUGAUGACUCUGUGCAAGAACGCAACUCACAAGCCAAAGCCUCCCGAAACUCGCUGUGUUUGGAGUCCACCCAUGAAUCCAAGGGACUGGGUGGGCAAAGCCAAAUGGAGCCCGGGUUCUCCAAUGUGAUGAAGAGAUACUUCAAAGAAAUUCUGCCGGAGGAUGUGACCAAGGCAAGCGUGAAGGGCGUUUGGGUUGGCAAGAGUCUAGGAGUGGUUUCAGAACAUCGCCGAAUGAGAAAGUCUGGAGAAAGCCUGCCUUUCCGGAAGAGUGAAGGGUGCUCGUCUCCUCACUCCAACCAGAACGCAAUCCAUGACCUGUCCUACAUCCGUGCAGAUGAGAGACCUCUUGCCCUUGGUCUUCGAAGAUCUUGCAAUUCGAUCUUACAUGGCACCACCACAAUGUCAAGUUUGAUUGCACACUGUGAAAAUCUUGGUCACAAAGAGAUGCUCUUGGUUGAUGGACUCAACAUCGAGCUGCUUCAGUUCCAAAAGCAGUCCCUUCAGUUCUGUGUAGAUCGAGAAACAGCCAAGGGUGGCAUCCAAGCUUUGCUGUGGCCGAAGCUUCCAUGGGUUGAAGGUGAUGGGGAUGUGUGGUACAAUCCGAUCAUCCAAAACUACCGCACAACGCCCCCAAACCUAGUGCGUGGCGGCAUCAUCGCCGAAGAAAUGGGUCUCGGCAAAACGAUCAUCUCCCUGGCAUUGAUCCUGUCCAAUCCUGCUCCGGCAGUGCCAGCAUCGGGAAGCUCGAUUGAUGAUCUUGACAAUCUCGAGGACGACUGUACAUGGGAUAAGGGCCUGUAUUCUCGCACAACUGAAGGCAAGCCAAAGAGAGGCCAUAUUAUUUCACGGGGAACAUUGGUUGUGUGCCAUGUCUCCUUGGUGGGGCAGUGGAUCGACGAGGCUAAAUCCAAAUUGGUCCAUCCUGGGUUGGUAUACUCGUACCACGGCGGCUCGCGAAAGCGAAUUCCGGAGGUGCUGGCGGCAAACCAAAUUGUGGUCACCACCUACCAGACUCUCCAGAGUGACAAUACAUACCAUGCAAAGAAAUCGGGUGAAGAGGACUACGUCCCACCACUGGCCCAGGUGCGCUGGUGGCGUGUGAUUUGUGACGAGUCCCACAGCCUGAGUGAUGCAUCUACCCUGAAAUCCCGGGCAGUUUCGGACCUUGUUGCAGACCACAAGUGGUUGGUUUCAGGCACUCCGGUGCAGACGUCGCUGGUUGAUCUCAAGAACCAACUCAACUGGCUGGGAAUCGAAAAUGUCAAUGAGAUGUUCCAAGUCUUCAAAACCACGUUGGAACACACGAACGAUCGCAACUCAGGCCAGGGGCAAAGCCGCCGACGCCGCAGCUACAGCUACGGACCCUGUGGCAAUAAUGGUCACGUAGUUCUGGGUCAUUUCAUGUUCUUUCUUCGCACCUGCUUGAUUCGCCAUUCUCAAAAGCAGACAUAUCGCGGUACGACCCCGAAAGUCACUCUGAUGCAGUUGCCACCAAAGACGGAACGAACUAUCGAGGUGGACUGGGAUGAAGACGAGCUUGAGCAGUACGAUGUUUUGGAAACGAAGGCACUUGAGUGGUACACGGACUUCAAAUCGCGCCACUCCAAACUCAGCAAGUAUUACGUGAGACUCCAAGCCAAGCUGAUGCAAACAAGAAUUGCUUGCGCUGGCGGGAAAUAUCCUCUCGACGACGUCGAGAACGUAGAAGGCGCCAUUGAAGACGAAGACGAGGAUUCGGACGAAGAGGAAGGCAAGAGCAAGAAGAAGGCGCAAGUGAAAUAUUCGGACUUUGCAUUCAAAUCGAAAUGCAAGAGAUUGAUCCAGGAAUUGAAGCAUGCACGAGACAAUGACCCUACCUCCAAAUCUCUGGUCUUCUCGCAGUUUACGUCAUCGCUGAAGUAUUUGCAGGAGGAAUUGCCCAAGAACGGCUUUCAGUUUCGAACGUUGUCGGGAUCUAUGCCCAUGCGGCAGCGAGCAAAGGCUCUCCACGACUUUCAGAACGAUCCGCCCACAACAAUCUUCUUGCUGAGCUUGCGGUCUGGAAGUGUAGGACUCAAUCUGACACAAGCGAACAGAGUUUUUCUUCUAGAACCUUGCUUCAACCCGGCUAUCGAGCUGCAGAGCAUUGGACGUGUCCACCGGUUGGGCCAAAAACGGAAUGUGGAAGUCGUGCGCUUGUUCAUGAAGGACAGCAUCGAGACAAGAAUUGCGACGUUGAUGAAAUCCAAGUACGGAACCUCUGCAGAAGCAGCAGACGAUGGCGAGGACGACUCGGAUGGUGAGGAAGACAAGAAGCCUGCCGCGGUCUGUGACAAGACGGUGGCACUAGUAGGAUCGAUAUCUUCUGACAAGGCCGCCAUUUUAGGGGAAGAAUUUGACCUGUUGUACGGGUGCUCAGUUGCGAAUGGAUCCAACCCCGAUGGUUUGGUUCCAGAUGAAGCGCCUUCGAGUGGAAGUGGUGCCGGUGCCAGUUCUCGCAAGAGUGCUGUCCUCUGAGCAAGUUCGAGGUUCCAGCAGAGAAUGGGGGUUGCUUGCUUUUGACAUGGAGCGAGAAAAAGGAAAAGAGAUGACUAAUUAGAUGCAGACACCGCUUUGUUGCGCCCAGACUUAGCGCUUGACCCCAGUAUGCAUUGGCGACUUAGCUAGCUAGUACACGAGCUCCGUUCUUGGCAGGGUGCGGUAUGCAACGGUACACUUGUAUUAGUACAGUGCAGGGAGACAAGAUCCCGCUCUUUGCCUCGAUGAUGGGCGGGUUUGGGGAUGGUGCACUGGGAAAUACUGGACUAUGCAUAGCCCCCUAGCCAGCUUAUUCGUUGACGAAGCAUUACGUCAGCCGUUCUUAGUGACGAUUUGAGAUGACUGACACGGCGACGGUAUCAAAUCGAGACCAGUUUCAAGGAAGCUCUUCAUGAGUAGUUGAGGUAAAAUAGAGUUAGAGUCAAUAAUUACUUUCAAUAAUUGACUGAAUUGGUUUUACCUCAUCUAUCUGACUUAAUAGGUGUCUAACCGAACGGUUCGGAAUUUCUGGUAAUCCCACAAAGCAUCUGGUGGUGCACUAACACGGUUCCAAAUCGAGACCCAGAAUGGUUCAAAAUGUAUUUUGCUCCACCUAAAAACAUAAAUUACGUAAAAUCACUCAAAACUAC